AUGGCGGCCACUGAAUCUAAGAUGAUCGUGCUGAGUACCUCCGACGGGGAGAUCUUCGAGGUGGAUGAGUCGGUCGCCUGCGAGUCGCAGACGAUAAAGCACAUGAUCGAGGACGGCUGCUCUACCAACGCCAUCCCGCUCCCAAACGUCUCGUCCGAGGUGCUUUCGAAGGUGAUUGACUACUGCCGGCGCCACGUGGAGGAGAAAGCGGAGGACAAGCUGAAGGAAUUCGACGCCGAGUUCGUGAAGGUCGACAAUGGCCUGCUGCUUGAACUGAUCAAGGCUGCCAACUACUUGAACAUCGAAGGGAUGCUCGACAUCACGUGCAAAGCUGUGGCAGACAUGAUCAAGAACAUGUCGAUUGAGGAGAUUCGCGUGCAUUUGAACAUAACUAACGACUUUACAAAGGAGGAGGAAGAUGAGAUUCGCAAGGAGAACGCGUGGGCUUUCGAGUGA